CUUUCAAUCCCUCCCAGAUGAGCCAGUCUCAGUCGAAGUAUAAAUGACGCAGCGCGGGCAUAUAUCGCCAAAGUUUUCACGCUGCUCGAUCAUGACACGUCGUAGUUCUCCGUCUCUCAUUCGGUUAUGUGCCUAUCUAGCGUUCGUCACGAUCGCAAUCAGUCAAGACGAUAACUGCGAUAAAACGAAAUGUCCUGGUCCGUUGGCGUAUUAUGAGGCGCUCGGUUGCGAAGCCGUGUACGAAAAAGAGGACAGGUGUUGCGCGACAAGAUACAACUGUGAUCAUCUGAAAGAGAGAUCCAAGACCAAGUGUUACGUCAACGGUAAAGAGUACGAGAUCGGCGAGUCCCUCAAAGAAGAAGAUGCGAAUCCUUGUGACGUCGGUUGCACUUGCAGAAGUGGAUAUGAUGGAAUUGCCUCAUUUACAUGUGCCGUAGUGGAUUGUUUCUUUGGGCCUGUAAAGCCUGGUUGCUAUAGAAAACGUUCUCCGUUAAGUUGUUGUCCCCAAGAGGAAAUCUGUCCUGAAAGUCCCGCAGAAAGGCCUACAUGUAAUGUAAACGGAAAGAUAUAUAAAGAUGGAGAAUAUUUUAAUGUAGAAAAUGACCCAGAUUUAAACUGCGUGUGUCAAGAAGGAUAUCAAGGGGAAAAUGUCGAACCUUUCUGCGCAAGACCUAAACGUCCAUAUUGCAGUCCCGAUUUCCGUGAUGCGAGUGAAAUUUUUAAUAAGUGCGCUCCGGUUUAUUAUUCUACUCAACCGCCACAAACCAGUUGCAGCGUGUUUUCCAGAUGUCAAAACGUUAAUGAUACCGUUAUUCACAACGAGGAUAAUUCGAAGUCUGCUGAUGGAACUUCUAAUGAUAAGGACGUUUGUUAUUUCGGUGACAUGACCAUGCACCUCGGUGAUGAGCUGAAUCAAUCUACAGAUUAUAACUCCGUGUGUGUUAAGUGCGUUUGCGAGGUACCACCAGUACCCACCUGUCAGCGUAUGCCGGAUAAUGAGUGCGAUGUCACAAAACAUCCGCCAUUCAAUAAUUUCUAAUUCUUUUAAAUCUGUGAUAAUAAGAUUAUUUGCAUAACUAGAAUUGCAUACUAAAUUAAUAUGUAAAAAAUAUAAGAAAUCAUUUAUAUAUAAAAUGUAACAUGAUUUUCACUUGCUUAUAUUGUACAAGUAUAUUUUUAUUUACUGGAUAUUUGAAAAAAAAAUGUAGAUUAAAUUUUUUUUUCUUAUUUUUAUAAUUAUAAACAAUCUCAAGGAUCAACUAUUUAAAAUGAUUUGUGAAACAAAGUCGAAAACAUCUCUGAAUUUUUCUAAAUAUAUCUCUCUUAUUUACUUUAUUAUGAAAUGCAAUUUUGAAAUCUAUUAAUAAAUUACGAUGUGACAUUCAUACUGAUUUAUGUCAAGAUCUUUAAUCUUAUUCUAUUUUUUUUUUUUGCAAUUAUCAGUCUUGUUAUGCAAUAUUUAUAAAUAAGAAAAUUAUUAAAUCACAUCUGAUUACGCAUAUAUUACGCAUUAAUCCCAUAUGACUAAUAUAUUUAUCAGCUAAACUCUCAUGUUUGUAAAAAUAAAAGUAUCGUAUUGAAAGCGUUA